UUUUCUUUUUCUUUUUUUUAUCUUCCUCUUUCUUCCUCCAUCUGCAACAGCAACAGAACUAUCCUCUCUCUCUAUAAAUACCCUCCAUCCAUAAAUAACCCAACUUUCUUUGUGCAUUUCCUUCUCCACAUCCAAAUCACCCCCCCUCUUGGGUGCUCAUUCUUAAGUCUAAAUUAAACUAAACAGACCACAUACUUUAUCACCAAGAACAUGACUGAUCCGCCGACUUCGAACUCCAACUCCAAGAAAGACUCUUCAAGCAUUUACUCCUACUCCUCUUCGCCAACCCCAUCUUCAACAUAUUCAUCCGGGUUAUCACCAAACCGCGUAUCUAAACCCGACCCGGAAAAAAACCUGAGAAAACCAAAGAGGCCAAGGGAAACUAACAGUAGCAACAACAGCAAGCACCCGGUGUUCAGGGGGGUACGAAUGCGGACAUGGGGAAAAUGGGUGUCGGAGAUCCGGGAGCCCAGAAAGAAGAAUCGGAUCUGGCUAGGAACUUUCUCCACCCCAGAAAUGGCAGCACGUGCCCAUGACGUUGCAGCCUUGAGCAUAAAAGGCAACUCAGCCAUCCUCAACUUCCCCGGACUAGCUGGGUCGCUUCCCCGACCCGCUUCUAACUCUCCACGUGAUGUCCAAGCUGCCGCCGCUAAAGCCGCUUCUAUGGACUUCAACAGUACUGUCACUACAGUCACCACCAAUGUCUGCAUCGACGAAAACAACAGUAAUAAUAACAGUACGGCCAGUAAUAAUAAUGGGUCAUCGUCCUCACAAAUGACACAGUCCUCCUCCUCCUCCUCCUCAUCAUCAUCAUCUUCUUCAACAGUAAGGGUGACAAGUGAUGUGGCGACUCCUGAGGAACUGAGUGAGAUAGUUGAGCUGCCGAGUUUGGAAACGAGUUACGAGGAAUCCCCCGAGUUUGUUUUAUUUGGUGACUCGUGGCCGUACAUAAAUCAAUCUUGGUGUUAUGAAGAUUAUGGCGUGAAGAGUAAUGGGUAUUUUAGCGAUCAGUACUUGUCAAUAAUUCCAGAAAAUAACGUAAUUACUAGUGGUUUUGAGACUUUAUUGUGGGAACAUUAAUUAUUAGUUUACUGAAAUUUACCCCCCCGCCCUCCUUUUGUUUUUCAUUUUUGUUUUUGGGUUUAUUCAUUUUUCCUCUGGGUAUAUUAUUGUUUCUUUGCUGGCUUCUUUUGAAGGGUCAAAAUACUUAAUUUUUGCUUGCUAAUCAAGUUGUGUUCUUCGUUU